UUUCGGGAACAUUUGCCUAUUUAUUGCAUUUACAGUCACAUCAGGGAAAGAAGCAGGACCAGGCAACCACACAUACAUUUCUGACCUACUUAUUAAGACACCAUGGAAAAGGGACCCCAUUUAGAGAUCCCAGCACCACCAUACCCUGGUCCCCCUUUGGACUACAAUGCAGCGGUCUCUCAGCCUGGUUCCCAGCCUAGUUUCUACCCUGUUGUCCAGCCCCAGGUUCAGCCUAAAGUCCAGCCGGUUGUUCAGCCUGUUCUUCAGCCGGUUGUUCAACCUGUUGUUCAGCCUGUUGUUCAGCCGAUUCUUCAGCCUGUUAUUCAGACCGGUCCUCAAGGUCAUAUCAUACAGCCAGUGAGCCAGAUGGUGGUGGUGCAAAGUCUGCCAAAAGACAUUCCUGGACAGAUGAUGUGCCCGUACUGCCAAACCAAUGUUGUGACUAGAAUUGAGUACAAAAUCGGGGCGUACACCUGGAUGGUUUGUGGCCUAUUAGCAGCCUUCCUCUGCUGGCCUUGCUGUUUCAUCCCCUUCUGCGUCAAAGAUUGCCAUGAUGUGGUGCAUUCCUGCCCCUGCUGUAACAGAGUUAUCCACAUCCAUAAGCGCAUGUGAAGCAGAACUGCAGUGUGAAUUCUACUGAAGUAAGAGCAGCAGGGCCUCUCUGUGAAAACAGACAUCACCUUUAACCCUGUGCUCACCCUGUAUGUAAGAUACAUGUUAUCUGCAUAUGUACUAGACGUGAAUGUAUAGCUAUACAUAAGAGCAACGUAACAGUUUCCUUUCCUUAUAACUGAUGAUUAAUUUAUACUGUACUGUGAAAUUAUGAGAAAGUUAGCUAUGAGGAUUUUUAUUUGUUUUUGUUUUCAUUUUUUUUUUACUUGACCUGAGCGGUAUUGUCUCAGUAUCAAAUACCUCUGAUAAACUGAAAAAAACAAAAAAACAAACAAACAAAAAAACCCUGAAAUGUAGGACAAUACACCAUAAAUGAAGUCUACUGGAUUAUUUAUAUAACAUGCCCACAAGUAAAGUCAAAAAUUUUUUUUCAAGUUAUUAUAUUGAUUUUCAUUUUGAUGACAUAUUGAAUGUCAUUAUUCAAAUUCUGGUAUUUUACAUUUUAAUAUAAAACUGAUGACAAGAUUACUAAAGAUAACAUUUAUUAAUAUUGAUGAAGGAUCAUUGGUGAAUAUUUGCUGCAAUAUUCCAGUCUUUUAAAAACACUGGAACCACAUUUUCAUGAAACAUUAACAUUAAUCAAUAAAUUAAUUGCACCUUAAUAGUUGUUACCUAUAAGCAUCAUGUGAUAUCUCUUGAUUUAUUGCUGUUAAAGUUACAGAAGUAACUAAUUCACUGCUUGUUAGAUGGAAUGAUGAUUUAUAAAUAAAUAAGCAUUUAAUUAUCAGUGAAGUGCAGU